GAGAGAGAGAGAGAGAUGGAUAGAGCGAGAGCGAGCCGCGAAUGUCAUUCACACAUUCAGUGCGCUGGGAGUCCAGGCACCGUUUGCAGCUUUCCGUGCGCCCUGCAUGCGCUCCGAGCGCGUCUCUCCAAUAAAGAGCAGAAAUGAGAUAGGGCAGCAGCUUUAGCAACGCGCCUCACGUGCAGGUGGGCAUUUUGUCCUCCCCCCUCUCUACCCGCACAUUAAUCGACUCCAAAACCUACUGGCUUGUUUUAGUCUACCUGGAAGGUUUGACCCUGUGCGCACCAGAGGCAUCGUGUCCGCUCAUCGGUCCCUCCGUUCGAUUGGACCUACAGUACUUACUGCGCAUCGUCUGAGGCUCUCCGCUGGAAAUAUAUGCCACUGAAAAAAGGGGAGAAGAGCGAGCUCGGAGGAGGUUGGAUGUCAUCUUGUGUUUCGUUCAAGUUGCGCUGAACCUAAUUGUGCGUCUGUUUACAUUUGUGGCGAUAAUCCUCCGCGAGAAAGUCCUUUCCAAUGUCGCCCCGUCUGUGCGCUGAACAGAACCCAACUUUACGGUCCUAUCAGGGGAUUUUGCGUAAACUAAUUCCGACCACUCACGGACCACAACACUUACAGAAUAAGCAGGACUCAUCCGGAGUGAAGGGAGAAUGAGGAGUCACCGGGGCCGGGGGAAGCAGCAUGAGUGGCCCGUGCAUCUCCAAUAGACGGACGGCCCUCAUGUUUCUAUGGAAGUGGUUAACAUUAAGCCUGCUCCAGAGCUGGGUGUCAGUAGGGGCCCGGGCGGCGGACCCUGUCGGAGCUGGCUUCAGCGGCUCCACCGGGCCACUGGGCUGGCUCCUGUCGGACAAGGGACCUUUUCAUCACUCCCAGGAGUUUGUUGAUUUCACAGAGCGCUACCAGCAAGGAUUCACCACCAAGUACAAGAUAUACAGGGAGUUCGGCCGCUGGAAGGUGAACAGCGUGGCCCUUGAGAGACAAGAGAACAAUGGCUUUCCUUUGCCGCUGGACCCGGAGUUCCUCCAGACCAUUAGGCAACUGGGCAGAAGGCCCAGUCUCAGCGCCAUCACUGACAACAUUAUCAAGAAAUACGGAACCCACUUCCUGCUCUCUGCAACACUUGGAGGGGAAGAGUCAUUAAUGAUCUUUGUGGACAAGCGGAAGUUGAGUCGGACGUCUGAAGUGAGUGAAUCCAAUAGCACAGCUGUGACUCUGGAAGCUCUGCACCAGCUGGCUGCCUCCUACUUCAUUGACAGGGAUAGCACCCUGCACAAGCUGCACCACAUCCAGAUUGCCUCCACUGCCAUCAAGGUGAUUGAAACAAGGACGGGCCCUCUCGGAUGCAGUAACUAUGACAACCUCGACUCUGUCAGCUCCGUUUUGGUUCAGAGUCCUGAAAACAAGAUUCAUUUGCAAGGUCUUCAGGCCAUACUGCCAGAGUACCUAAGGACCAGGUUUGUGCAGGCAGCUCUCAGCUACAUUGCUUGUAAUGAGGAGGGCCAGUUUGUGUGCCGGGACAAUGACUGCUGGUGCCAGUGCGCCGUCGACUACCCACAGUGUAAUUGCCCCAAGGUGGAUCUUAGGGCUAUGGAAGCCAGUGUGCUUGAAAUCAGAGAUUCCUGGAACAGGGCCAACCAAGACUUUGAGGAGUCAGAUGAGUUUCAGAACUUUGUCCGAAGGCUUCCCACGUUCUACGCCCUCAACACGUCCGCCAUCCAAUACUUCUGGAAGAUGGAGCCGUCCAUUCACCAGCGCUACAAGCAGCUGGAGCUCAGCACUCAGCAGCUUCUGAGUAAAGCCAGACGCAUCGUCAACAAGCUCUUCACCCUCAGCAAGAGGUGUCGAACGCCGCCUAAAAUCAUUAUGAUGAGGGAGAGGCCAUACAGCUACUGGCUGAACUACAUCCUCUCUAUCAUGUACUGCAGUGAAAACAACCACAUCGGCUCCUACCUUGAGAAGACCAGAAGCUGCUCCUGCCCCUAUGAGCACCCCCCCUGCCAGGGUGUGAUCCCCUGCACGAUGGGCGAGGGCACCUCCUGCGCCUCUUGCUCUUACGAGAACCGCUCCCGCUGUGCCACAUGUAACCAGGGUUACAUGCUGAGCCAGGGCGUGUGUCGCAACGAGGUUCCCGACUCCACCGAUCACUACAUCGGCUUCGAGACGGACCUGCAGGACCUGGAGCUGCGCUACCUUUUGCAGAAACGUGACAACCGCAUCAGCAUCCACGGCAUCUUUGUCAGCAACGACGUCAGGCUGAAUAACUGGUUUGACCCGUCAUGGAGGAAGAGGAUGCUGCUGACGCUGAAAAGUAAUAAAUACAAGUCAAACCAUGUUCACAUGCUCCUGGGGAUGUCUCUACAGAUCUGCCUUACCAAGAACAGCACUCUAGACCCCAUGCUGUCUGUGUAUAUCAAUCCGUUUGGAGGCAGCCACUCGGAGAGUUGGAUCAUGCCCAUUGACCAGAACAACUACCCAGACUGGGAGAGGACUAAAUUAGACCUUCCCUAUGACUGUUAUAACUGGACUUUGACUUUGGGCAACAAGUGGAAAACAUUUUUUGAGACAGUCCACUUUUACCUACGUAGCCGGAUCAGAGGGCCCUCAAGUACAGGGAACGGAACUGCAUAUUAUGAACCUUUGGAGUACCUGGAACCGGGGCGAAAUCUAGGCUACAUGAAGAUCAAUAGCAUCCAGGUGUAUGGCUAUGGUAUGCACUUUGACCCGGAUGCGAUCCAGGAUUUGAUUUUACAGCUCGACUACCCAUAUACUCAGGGAUCGCAGGACUCUGCCCUGCUGCAGCUGCUGGAGAUCCGGGAUCGGGUCAACAGGCUUUCCCCCCCUGGAGCUCAGCCUCUGGACUUCUUCUCUUGUUUGCUGCGGCACCGGCUCAAACUGUCCACCACGGACGUUGCCAGGAUCCAGGCAGCGCUGCAGACUUUCAGUGCCAAGCAGCCCAACUCAAUGGAAUAUGAAACAACCAAAUUAUGUAGCUAAUAAGUGGGCGGGCGGCCAGGUGCACAGAUGGCAGAGCAGUUAUCACACAAGCCUGAGGAUGGUUAAGAGCAAUUCUGGAGCCAAGCGAGGGACAUUUGGGGGACAUUUUCAUUGUCGUCAUGGAUGUCCAGAGUGCGUUUGAGAUUCUCAUGUCAGCUUUUCGUAUAAAUUUGUACAACAUUGUAGAAUUAAGGAGGAUUUCACCAAACUUGCCUCAUAGCUUUUUUUUCCCCCCUCUCCUGGUGAAAAUAAUAACUUUGACAGUUAAUGAUAUAAAUUUAAAACUAUAUCACCACUGAUAUGUUGCCGUGAAACGUGUGCUGACGUUUGUAGGUUGCACAAAUUUGAAAUCGCUCACAUACGUAAACAAAAGCUUUUGCUGAUGAAGUAUUACCCAAGCAAUGUAAUCAUCUCACAGAUAUAAACAUUUCAACACCAGCAUGUUUUUUUGUUUGUACUUUUCCCAUCCCAUUUAUUUCCCCUGUUUAGUAUCAAGGCCUUCCGUUUUAACCUGGCACACGUUGGGCACCUCAAUGUUUUUAGCUUCCCAUUCAACAAUAAACUCACUCAUUUUUUAAAGUGUACUGUACAUUUUUUUAGAAAAAAAAAU